CUACUUUUAACCGAAAUCUUGCAAAUUACAUAGAAGUAGAAGGGGGAAUGGAAUAAUAAUAUAUAGAGAGUCAAUUUGCCAUUUUGAUUUUGUACGGAUACCGAUGAUGAUGCCUAGGCAGUCGUAUCCAGUGACUCCAUUCAAACGAUUAUUAUACCUUCCGAAAAUGCAAAACAAACCGCCAAACCCAUAACCCACGCGCACGCUUUCUUCCCUUGUCUCCCUUUUCGUCUCUUCCUCGCAACAGCUCUUCCCUCAUUCUCGAUUACUCAGACACCUGUUUUCUCUAUCUCGCUCUCUGUAUGAGUAACUGCAGUCAUCUUGUCAAUAACCUAAAUAGCCGUAUCGUCAGAAAUUCGUCCGUUAGGUUGCUGCGAACUUUUGGAUCCUAAACACAGAGACCUACCCAUGAGUUAUUUCGUCUGAAAUACCAUGUCAUUGGUUGGUUAAAUCUACAUUUGAUCCCAGAAGAUCUGAGCCCUUUUGUGGGUGACUGGCAUUUGAAAUGAACGGGCACGAGGAGGAACAAACUGCUUUUGAGAUCGGGGUAGUGGUUCCGAAGAGGAGUGCAAACGAAGAAAACGAGGAUUGUGAUUGCGUGGGGGUUCUUGUUGAUGAGUUCAGAAAAGCGGGUUUGAUUGUUGAGAGAGUCCAAGGCAUUGCUGAUGAGUUUAUCAAGCUGGCAGCACCUUUGGAGACUUUGGGGAGGGCUGCUGCCGAGUUACAGUUAAGGAAAAGGACUCAUAUUGGGAUGGAUUUACAAUUUGAAUGGGAGGAGGUUGAAGCUUUUGUGAGACAGCCUGAUGGUUCAUUGUUCAGCUGGUGUGAGCGUUUUCAUUGCUACCAUCACUUGAUAUAUGGGAUUGUGAACAAGAGCCCGUCAACUAUAGCAUUGAAAUUUGAAGGAAAUGAGUACCAUUGGAAACCUGGUGAAAAUAUAGUUCAGAAAUUGGAAUCAGAGCAUUUUGUAAAACAAGUCUUUCCUUUGCAUGAUGAACUAAAGAGGAAGAACCUCCUUAAAAGUUGGGCGCUGCACUGGUGGAACCUUACGAACCAGCCAAUCGAUGAAAUUUAUUCAUAUUUUGGGACAAAGAUUGCAAUUUACUUUGCUUUCCUUGGAAUGUAUACGCAAUGGAUGCUCUUCCCAGCUGCGUUUGCUAUCGCUUUACAGCUAAUUGAUUUUGGGUCGUUGCGGUUAUUGGUGCUUCCUGUUUUCUUCGUAGGCAUAAUAUUAUGGGCUGUAAUCUUUUCCCAGUUCUGGAAACGAAAAAACUCUGCCCUAUUAGCCAGAUGGCAGAUUAGUUAUUCAGUUGCUGUUGACCCGGGAUAUAAACUUCUAGGCAUGGAGUGGACUUCCCUACAGUCACCGGGGGAACUAUUAAGAAAAUGGGGGACUGAUAAAACAAACGAGAAAGAAGUGUAUCAAAAAAAUGAGUGGUUUGGAUAUCUUAUGAGAUUCAGAAAUGAUUCUAUAUUCAUCUUGAGUAUUAUAUGCCUUCAGUUGCCAUUUGAGUUGGCCUAUGCUCAUCUUUACGAGGUUAUCGGGUCUGAUAUUAUGAAGUUUGGGCUGACAGCCUUUUAUAUUCUUUCCAUUCAGCAUUUUACAAGGGUGUGUGGUAAGAUAUCGGUCAAGCUCAUUAAGCAUGAAAACAAUGAAACCACAGAAAAAAGGGCUGACAGCUUGGUCUACAAGGUCUUUGGUCUUUACUUCAUGCAGUCAUAUAUUGGAAUUUUCUAUCAUGCCCUCUUGCACCGCAAUUUUUUGACUCUUCGUCAAGUCUUGAUUCAGCGUCUCCUUGUGUCUCAGGUGUUUGAAAAUUUGUUGGAAAAUACUUUACCCUAUCUUAAGUACAGCUACAAAAAAUACAGAGUUCGAGACAAGAAGAAACGUGAAAAAGGAUCGUCAACAAGAAAGAUUCAGUUCACUACUAGGGUAGAGAAAGAGUACAUGAAAUCUUCUUAUUCAGCAAGCAUUGGUGAGGAGCUUGAGGAUGGCCUGUUCGAUGAUUUUUUGGAGUUGGCAUUGCAGUUUGGAAUGAUCAUGAUGUUUGCUUGUGCAUUCCCUCUCACAUUUGCCUUUGCUGCUUUGAACAACAUUACAGAAAUCAAAACUGAUGCAUUAAAGCUGCUUACCAUGUUUAAAAGGCCUGUCCCUCGUGCUGCCACUACAAUUGGAGCUUGGCUAAACAUUUUCCAGUUCCUGAUAGUGUUGUCGAUCUGCACAAACUGUGCACUUCUAGUGUGGUUAUAUGAUCAGGAGGGGAAUUGGAGCAUAGAGCCUGGACUUGCAGCAAUUCUGGUCAUGGAACAUAUCCUCCUGUUGAUCAAGUUUGGAGUCUCCCGCUUUGUCCCUGAGGAACCUGCUUGGGUAAGAGACAGUCGGGUGAAGAAUGCCACACGGGCACAGGAUAUGUGUUCGAAACAGCUCUUGAGAACCAUUUCUGUUGGCAAAAAGGUUUUUGCCGUUGUAAGAGAGGGAGAGAGGUGAGUGACCUGGACCUUUUUCUAGUGCGUCACUCCUACCUUUUUGGCACAGAAGAACAAAACGAACCAGAGGUUUAGUCUGGAAUAGUUCUUCGGAGCUGAUCAGAGUUUUGAAUUCCCAGCAUUGGUGGUUUAUCAGUAGAGGAUUCUUCUGCAUUUGGGUCAACUCAUUUUAGUACUGCGAGUGUUCUUCUACGGUGAAUGGCACAGCCUUACUAUGUAUUUCACUUUACCCAUUUUUAUUAUAGUGGUUCUAAAGAUUGUGGUACAUUGGGAUUGCUGCAAUGUACGUAACCGGCUUGAUUUUU